AUGGCGAAGCGAAUUUCAAAAGAGAUUGAAGAAGAAAUGAAGAAGCGUGAAGCGAAAAUUAGUGUGAACGCAACGACACCAGAUUCAGAGAGCGAAGGCAAUAGUGUGGGAGAUGUAGAGAGCGAUGAAGUAGAAAGCAAGAACAAAGAUAGCAGCGAAAGUGAAGAGGAGGCUGAGGAGCCAAAGGUGCCAUCCCUCAGGAUGCUAGUGCGCCACCCAUCUACUGAAGACCAAUUUGGGACAGACAGACGAGAGACUAUGAGGCAACAUUAUAAACAACACCACAGAGCACAUGUUAAGGAAGUAGACACACUACGAUCCAGCCUAACAUCGCCUAAGGAAAAGAUGGAAGAGCGGAAUCGACAGGAAAGAAUUGAGAAGAGGAGAAAGGAGAUCGAAGAAGAGAAGGAGGAAGAGAGGAACAGACAAGUGCACCUACACCUCUAG